UAAACCUCUUGAUGCUCCCGGCUCCUCCGCCUGGUGAUCGAAACCCUAACUCCUUGCCGGAAGGGCUGCUGAAAACAAUGGUGGCCUUCAGGUUUCAUCAAUACCAGGUCGUCGGCCGGGCUCUUCCGAAGGCGGAAGAUGAGCACCCGAAGAUUUACAGGAUGAAGCUGUGGGCCACCAAUGAUGUUCGGGCCAAAUCGAAGUUCUGGUACUUCCUAAGGAAGCUUAAGAAAGUCAAGAAAAGCAAUGGGCAAAUCCUUGCUAUCAACGAGAUUUUUGAGAAGAAUCCAACAAAAAUUAAGAACUACGGGAUCUGGUUGAGGUAUCAAAGCAGGACUGGGUACCAUAACAUGUACAAGGAGUACCGAGAUACUACACUCAAUGGAGCUGUAGAACAGAUGUAUGAUGAGAUGGCUUCUCGUCAUCGUGUGAGGUUCCCAUGCAUCCAAAUAAUCAAAACUGCAACUGUGCCUGCCAAACUUUGCAAGAGAGAGAGCACCAAACAAUUUCAUGAUUCUAAAAUUAAGUUCCCGUUGGUGUAUAAGAAGGUCAGGCCACCCACCAGAAAGUUGAAGACCACGUUCAAGGCUUCCAGGCCUAACUUGUUCAUGUAGAUUCACAGGCUGGUCUGAGAAAACAUUCUAGGGGUGGAAUUAUUUUUGUCGAAUUGUUGAAUUUUGGAAAAAGCUUGGCUUGAACACUAUAAUUGGUGAGCAGAGUGGAGUGCCAGUUGGAGCUCCUGGUGGAUUUUGAAUUUCAUAUUAUUUUUGUUUUGAUUUGUAUUUUUCAUGGUCUGGAAGCACACAGCAUUUCUCUUCACAAUAUUUUUCAUGUUUUGAUCUUUGACAUUAUCCUUGAAGGGGUUUCACACUGAAAUACUACUAAGGCUUUUAUUUA